AUGAGUUACAAUGUGACGACGACCAGGAAACAUCUAUUAGUAACUCUGUUAGGGUGUCAAAUCGUAAGCUUCAUAAUUGCCCUUUGUCCCCUGAUUGGGUUCGGGUCUUACGGUCUAGAAGCCCAUGGCACGAGUUGUGGGCUCGCCUGGGAGGAUACCAGCGCCGCAAGUCAGGGCUACCUCGUUUUGAUCACUGUCGUCUGCUUCGCGUUGCCACUGGCCAUCAUUGUCGUCUGCUAUUCUCUCAUCUUUCGCACGGUGUGGAAAACAAAUAAAGGGGUCGGGCCUAUGGCCGAUUCUACUUCCGUUUACCGCAAAAAGAAGCAGCUGCAGCUGAUAAAGUUAUCUGUAGCUCUCGUCGUUGUGUAUGUCAUAUGCUGGACGCCAUAUGCGAUUGUCUCCUUCAACAUCACGUUUGGACAACCGGAAGAGAUCAACCCAAUGAUGCCGCGUUUCGCAGCCUGGUUCGCAAAAACGGAAGCAGUUCUCAAUCCCAUUGUGUACGUACUCAUGUCGAAGAGCUUCCGCCACAACAUAGAGCAUGUCGUCUGCUGCAUGGAUACGGCAGUCGCACCGACCCGGAAUUUGACCACGUUUGCCACGCACGGGCAGAGAAUUCAGUCCGAGGUAUGCGACUCACAGGUACCCGUUACUGUGGGUAUUUCAAGUCGAGAGUAA